UUGAAACCACGAAGAAUCGAGGCCCUUGGCAUUCAUCCGACGAUUUCCGGGUUCGAGCCCCGGGUGAUGAGAGGGACACUGGUGUGCUCACCUUCAUUUCUUACUUCAAGACAGUCGCCCUUUGCCAUGCAAACUUGAACAUGCCAAGAGCCCCUCUUACGACGGGCAAAACACAAGCACUGGAUCUGUGAGGUCCUCGCACAUGAGGACUACGGGAUUGUAAUAAAGGAAUGCUGCAGAAGAAGAAGACAAACCAAAUGCGUCAAUAAACCAAAUGCGUAUACUCUAGAGCCCUCCAAGUAUUGGCUCCUCUUGUAACACACACCAGUCUGAUGCAAUCCCCUGCGCGGGCCUGGUUCAUGAGCUGCUUUCUCAUUGUCCUUCCAAUUCCGUCUCACUCUGCACAUGCCCACGCUACAGGCACCGAAGAAGACAGUGCACUUAAUCUGCCGAAUGGCUGAUCGUCAAAACACCGGAGAGGAAGUGACAUUACCAUCCACAUCUGAAAUAUUGUAGUCUUGCAGAUUCUUGCGGGGCAGGUAGAAACACUUGUGCUCGUCAUCAUCCUAGAGAUCCCUGCGCACGGAUCUUAAUGGGAUACAAUGUCGCGCUUGUCUAGGUGAUGACUCUGGAGUCUGUUCUCUGUCUUUGACGAUUCAGGUCUGGCAUGACGGAGUUCAAGAGAUUUGCCGAAACUCCUUCAAGCUCUUUUAUUAGUGAAAACUCACAAGAGGUUUUCAAAGGGUGGGACGAGAGAGAAGAGCGAGCGAGGAAAGAUGAGCUGAGGUGUGCAGAUGUUUCUUCGGAUCAAUUUCUUCACCGGACCUUUGCUGUCCAAUUUCCGGUUGCGAAUAGAAACUUCCUAUUGCCUGGAGGAUUUGAAUUUCGAUCGCAAAGCUCGAGUGCUAUCCAAUGUUGAGUGACUCCCUGCUUCUGACCCGCCUGUCUCAAGCAAGAAAAUUGCUAGAGAAUUCUCAGAACACAGAAAGUGAGGCCUUCAACUUACGGCAGUUUAGAAUACGCGCAAGGAGCAAUCGAAACGACGAAGUAGAGAUUGCUCAAGUGAGAGCUUCGGAUAAGGAAGAUGAAAACUCAUUCGGCAUCAAGUUCAUGGUCUGUGUUUUAGACUAUCUUCGAAAGGAAACUGAAUCCUGAUCAGUUUCAACCACCAAAUCCAACCCGUCUGAAUUGCUGAAAUAGUGAAUAGGAAAAAGUAUAUGUUGUGUCCUUACGAUGUUGACAUUAUUUCCUCUGCGAAUAGAUGGGACUUCUGAAGAGCCCAAACCAAGUGCUGGCAUACGCAGCAGUCAAAACACUUGUGGCUCUUUCGGAUUAUCUACGAAAGAAAAAAAGAGAUCUGUGGCCAUCAUUUCUGCUUGCUUUGUGGAAAGAUGCACAAUGUUGGGCCUCCUGUCCAGAUCCAUCGCUUUUGAAAGAGGUCCAAGUAUACGGAAAAUUAUUUUUACGCAAUGGAAAAUCAGAACCGAAUACUCCGGCACAUGAAGAUGCUUGCCUUUUGGCAACUUCCAACACUCUACAGGCACUUCACCAAAGCUUGAAACGCUGUCUGAAAUCAUCUGACGAGAAUAUUGAAGAUGAGCCACUUCCCAGGUUAAAUGCGGAGAAUUUAGAGGUUUUCCUUUGUAUGCUGACGACCAGGAUGAGCAAGUUGACAAAUGCCAUCUGCAUUGCAGAAGAACAAAAAAAAGCAGGCGAGCAAUUAAGUAAACCUUGCAGUAAGCCUACAAUGUCAAGGUUAACCAGAGAAUUAAGUUUGGGAGCCCUGUUGCGACUGCUAUGUACCGGAUCUGGCAUGCUGACUUUGAUAUCCGACCCAGAAAAUCAAAAUGAUGUAACUCGUGGGGCCUAUCUCAACAUGUCGCUUGCUUUGAUACCUGUUAUAUCUAGCUCUGCCCUCCCUCCACAUAAGAAUUGCUCUGGGAGAAGUUGCAUCUCGACAUACCUAAGACACAAGCUUCUGAUGUUCAUGCUGAAACUUUCAAAAUGGUUUGAUAUCAAGCCAUCUUUGGGCUCUUCCUGUUACACAUUUCUUCGUUUCCAUGGGUCAGAUCUCUUGGAAUUCAGCUUACAAGACUAUGACGAGAGAAAUAACUUUCUAAAUGAAUCUCCUUUUGCUGAAUCCUUGCUUGUCUCCUUGAAAACGGAACCUUCUGCAGUCCCCUCCGUUCGACGGUUGCAGAGACGUGCCUUAUUGAUUCUAUUGAGAAUUGCGCAUGCCACAUAUCGAAAAGCACACACAGACAGGGUCUCCGAUAAUGCGCAGCCGGGAGUGGUCUUACCAGCGAAACGAAGUUGGGAGGAACUCACUCUACAGUGUUCAUGUGAUCUACCAUCCCGAGUGUACUUACGAGAUUGGAUGGACAGACAAUAUCAGUUGGGAGUGAGCGGAUUCCCCAAAGAAUUUGCCCAACCCACAGAGAUAUGUGCGUCGGUGAAGCAACUCUCGAACUCAUUUAUUCAACUCUAUGUCGAAGAGGACGAUCUACUCUUGAUGACGAUGCUGCAACUUGCAGAUAUGCAAUUUUUGUCCAGUGUAUUUAUGUGCCCAAAACAUCCAAAAGAGGAUAUGUUUUGCAGAAUUGCGGUCGAAGCUUUUCGUCCCAGCAGAUUGAUUCAUGCAUUCUUAGCUGCCAUAAACUUCGAUUAUGCAACAAUCGAAAAAUUGCUUAUAUCAAAGACAAGUGGUGUAUUGUGCCUCACAUAUUUACUGAGGUCUCUUCGUCAUAUCAGUGACUCAUGGCCUGAUUUUGUACAUGCAAGCCCUUGGUCAAAUGCCGAUAAACAUUGUGCAAAUCGAGGUCACGGGCUCAAGGAGUGUACUGUGAACAGUCAUACAAUGCGAUGUAAACUUUGUUCCUAUCAACAGAUGUGUUCACAUGGCGUAGUUCCUUACGAUGACGUAGUAAUUCAUAAUUACAUGAAUCUCAAAAGAAAUGCAGCUGAACAACAUGGCAGGUGCCGGUGUGACUGCAAUGGUGAUGAUACUGCAGACAAUGCUGGAAAUGAACGAGUUCAUCUUCCAAAUUAUUUCUUGGGCAAAGCUGCAGAUUUUCUACAGGGUUUGAAGAAUCGCGUUGAGGAUCUUCAUUCACAUGCACUUUUCCCUUACAAUCCAACACCACUUUUGUCAAGGCUCAAGGUCGUGGUGGAUCUAUUGAGACCAUACUCGACUACACAAUAACAGUUCUGUGCAUGUAGACAAGGCGAAGCUUAGAUUU